AAAUUAUUUUCCUUCGGAGUACCUCUCAGACCUAAGGUAAUUCGACCUGAGAGAGAGAGAUAACAAUAAACGUUUUAUUUUAUGACAGAUCUAUUUGUUUGUAGUUAUGUAGAACAGUGAUCAAGGUAUAGUUAUGUCCGACAUAGCGGGACAAGCACAGCUUCAAGUAAUUGGCGAUGAAGCAUUCGAGACAAAGACCAGUAAACAUGACAAGUUCUUGGUAGCUGCCAUCGAUUUCGGAACAACGUACAGCGGUUAUGCAUACUCUUUAAAGCGAGAAUACGAGAUUGACAACUCCAAAAUCAUAAUUAAUCAAAAAUGGGUAGCUGGAUCCAUGUCGUUACUUUCUCUAAAAGCACCAACUGCUGUACUAUUUGAUUCGAAGAAGAAAUUUCAUAGCUUUGGAUUUGAGGCAGAGGACUACUACUCAGAGCUAGCAUUAGAUAAAAAGCACCAGAACUGGUACCUUUUCAGGCAAUUCAAGAUGAGACUUCAUGAUAAGGAAAAGUUAAAGCUUCAUAGAGAAACAGAAAUUGAAGACGUGAAAGGACGAAAAAUGAAAGCAAAGGAUGUUUUCGGAGCAGCUAUAAAAUAUCUGAAACAACAUCUAUUAGAUAUGCUCGAAACUAGAGGUACAGGGUUUGAGAAUAAAGAUAUACACUGGAUCUUAACAGUCCCGGCUAUUUGGACAGAUUCUGCUAAACAAUUUAUGAGAGAGGCAGCAUAUAAGGCGGACAUAGAUGGUGACCAGCUGUCAAUAGCUUUGGAACCAGAAGCCGCGGCACUGAAUUGCAUAGUUACUCACAAAGACGACUUUAAAUCUUCUAAAGGUGCAACAUUUUCUUUGGCAGCGCCUGGAACUAAGUACAUGGUCAUCGAUUUGGGAGGAGGUACAGCAGAUAUAACCGUACACGAGAGACAGCGAGACGGAGGAUUGAGAGAAAUACACAAAGCCAGUGGAGGAGCCUGGGGUGGGACACAGGUUGACGAAGAGUUUUAUCAGUUAUUGAUCCGUAUCAUAGGAGCACCUGUUUUCCAAAAGUUCCGUGAAGAACAUACAGCAGAUUUCCUUAGCUUACAAAGGGAACUGGAAACAAAAAAGCGUGUCAUCACGCCAAAAUCCAGUGGUAAAAUAACUAUCAAAGUUCCAAGUAGAAUUGGGAUGUUAUACUUAAAAAUGAUGAAGGAGGAAAUCGAAGAUGCAAUUGAAGAGUCUCGUUAUGCUGGUCAAAUAACUUGGGAUGUUGACAAGAUGCGAUUAAACGCAGACAUCUUUAAAGGUCUCUUCCAACCAUGUGCCGACAAAAUAGUCAACCAUAUUAAAGUACUUCUUCAAAAGCCUGAUGUUGCUGGAACUUCCAUCUUCCUGAUGGUCGGUGGUUUCUCGGAAUCGGAGAUGAUGCAACACGCGAUCAAAACCGCUUUUCCUAAAGUCAGGAUAGUCGUACCAGAAGACGCAGGGUUAACUGUUGUCAAAGGCGCUGUUAAUUUUGGCUACGAACCAGGAGUCAAGUCUCGUGUUUCCAAAUACACGUAUGGCAUCAACAUAUCGCCGCCCUUCGAUCCAGCCAUUCACCCAGAAGACCACCGUGUAACCGUCGACGGGACAAGCCGCUGUCGGGAUGUAUUCAAGAAGUAUAUACAUGAGGGAGAACUAAUCAAUGUGAAUGAACCACGUACAGGUAAACAUAUCACGCUCAAGGCUAAUCAAAAGGAGAUGUUGUUGAAAAUAUUCGCGUCUGAGAAGAAAGAUCCUAAAUUUACUGAUGAGGAGGGUUCAGAAUAUUUGGGAAAAGUGAUUGUUAACAUCCCGGGCAGUGAGAAAAAGACCACUGUAGUAGUGUCGAUGAUGUUUGGGAAAACCGAGUUAACUGUAGAAGCCGAGCCUAAACAAUCCGAAGAAAUGUGGCGAGGUACACAAGAAACAGACAUGAAAAAUACAAAGUUUAAAGCUUACUUUGACUUUUUAUAAAAGUUAGCCAGUGGGAAAAAAGAAAUAUUUAUAUAUUUCUGACGUUUACAAUUUUAUGCAUUCAAAAUGUGGAGUUCAAUCACUUUGACAUUAUUUAACAGUUCUCUAAACGAAGCAACUUACGCUGAAGACAUUUAUAUACUAAUAGAAAUUUGGUUUUGGCUGCAUCCUAACAGUUUGAAAAGUGAUUUUGCUACAUCCGCAGAUGUAUGAUUAGAAGCACAUUUACUUUUUCUUUUCAUUUUUACUAUGAAAAUCAGGGUGGCCACGCGACGUUCUGAAACCGUACACACGGAGAAAAUGUCCCAAUUCAGGUGUCACUUUGCUUAUAUUUUUUCCUUAUUUCUUUACGAAUUUUCUUAAGGUAAAGAAUGAGCUGAAUUGACAUUUAGAGAGAACAUACGGAAUAGUAUUUCCAAUGGUGACUGUAAAUAUAUGGAAAACCAUAUUUAUAUCCAUUCGGCAGAUAUAAGUACCAUAUUCAUAACCCCUCGGCAGAUGUAAAUGUAACUAUUAACAUAUCUGAAAAUUAAAUCUUAGAAUGUUCUAAAGAAGUAAAAAAGUUCGUUUUGAAGCGAAAGCACAAAAUUAAUCAUCGUAAAUUGUUUGAUAGCAGUUGUAAACAGAUGGGGCUAAACAGAAAUAGAACAUUAAGAAAGUUUACACAGUGACCUUCACACUUAUUUAACUGUUAAAAAGUUUAACCAUAUGCCCAAAAUGAAAGAACGAGAAUAUAACAGACGAGUGUUAAAUUCAAUAUCUGAAAGUGUGCAUGAUCAAAAACACUUUUGGAAAAAAGUAAAUUGUUCACAGCAAAAACAUAAAUAUAUAAACAACAUAGCUACAUCAGACUGGUAAGAACAUUUUAAAAACGUUUUCCAGCCGAGUGAUAUCGAAGAUGAGUAUCAUCAAAAAGAAGAUGACCCUGAAGGAAGAAAUUCAAAAUAUAGAAAAUAUGACUGAAUAAGAAAGUAUUUUACUACAUAAUCCUAUAACCGAUGAUGAAAUAUUGAAUGCAGUUAAAGAAUUCUAAAGGGAAAAGCUUGUUUAGGGAAUUGAAUACCGGAGCAUAAUAUUUACACUGUUGAUAUUUUGUUUCCGUAUUUAUGUAAAUUUUACAAUAGAAUUUUUGUUGACGGAGUUUUUCCUGACAAGUGGUCUCUUGCAGUUCUUACACAUGUACAUAAAAAAGGUUUUCUGAAUAAUCCGGAUAAUUACAGAGGAAUAGCAUUAUUAGAUAUUUUAAGCAAAAUUUAUGUUAGUAUUUUAAAUAAACGUUUAACUUUUUAUGCUAAUAUGUUUAGUAAAAUCACGGAAGCUCAAGGUGGCUUCAGGUCAGGUUAUUCUACGAUUGAUAAUGGUUUUAUUCUUUACUCUAUUGUUAAAAAAUACUUAUGUAAGAAGCGCAGAAAAUUGUACGUAGAAUUUAUAGAUUUCAAAAAAGCCAGUGUCAAAAGAGUAAAACUGUACACUGCAUGCUCCUUUGCGUUAUGGGGUCCAGGGUAAUUUGUUAAACGCAGUAAAAGGUAUUUAUAAAUCUGUUAAGGCAUGGUACUAUUCAUAGUGAAAUAUUUGAUUGCCCUAUUGGCUUAAGACAGGGAUGUAAUCUAAGUCCGAUCCUAUUUUCUCUGUUUAUAAAUGAAUUACAAGUAUAUGAUGUUUUUGCACAAAGUAAUACAUAUGGUAUACAGUUAGCUCCUGACAUUGUUGAAAUUUUCUUGCUUAUGUUUGCUGAUGAUGAAGCUCUAACCUCAGAUACUGUUAACGGUUUACAGAGAAAGCUUGAUGUACUAUGUAACUAUAGCAGAGAGGGGAAACUGACUCUCAAAGUCCAAAAAUCUAAAAUAUCGGUUUAUGAAAAUGAUGGACAAAUGGUUUUAUAAGGGUGACAGACUUGAAGUGGCAAAUGGCUUCAACUAUGCUGGACUGUUCACGAGUAAAUUAUCAUUGUUUAAAAUGUCAGAGAGCAUGGCUGUGAAAGCUAAAAGGGUUUUAAUAUCACCUAUUUAAAUCACAUAAUGCCAAUGCCAAGACAUGUAUGUGUGUUUUUUUUUUCAAAUUGUUUGAUGUAAAAAUUGUACCGAUUUGUUAUAUGGAUCCGAGAUAUGGCGACUUCACCGUAUGGAACAUACUGAAAAAGUUCAAACAUAUUUCUUUAAACGAUUUAUGUCAGCCCCUCUUCGAGUGUGUGAUGCUGCAGUUAUGGACGAUUGUGAAAGAUAUCCGAUGCAAUUUAUUGCUGCUAAACUUUGUAUCAAAUAUUGGCUUAGAGCUGUGACUUUGCCUCUAGACAGAUAUGUUAGAAAAUACUAUAACAUGUUUUUACAUUAUGAUAGCUCUAUGGGGAAUCACAUGAUCAAAAUAAUCUCUAAACCAAAACAAAUUUAUGAAUAAUAUGGGAUAAUACUGAAGCAACUUUUGCUGUAAAUAUAAAAUAUAGCCUUUUAUAUUGCAACAUAUAAUUUUCCUAAAACUAUAGAUUUCAAUCACAAUCACCUUCUGAUUAUUUGGAACACUUCAAGAAACUGAGAAUUCUUAUUUUCCUUAGUGUUUGUAAUUACAGGAUAUCUAUAAUUGUUGUCAACUACAACAAUUUUCAUUAGUCAUAUGUUAGGCUAUGUUUAAAUUUCAUAUCUUAUCAUGGUAUGAAAUUUAUUCAUGGUCUUCAAAAUAUAACUUUGGUUUAGAGAUUAUUCUGAUCAUGUGAUUCACAUACACUAAUGAUUGAGAAUGGUAGGCAUGUUGGUAUAGAAAGAGAGCAAAGACUGUUUCUUUUGUGAAAAUAUGGUAGUUUUAUACAUCUGCGGUAAAACAACUACUAAACAAAUGUUAUCAUUUAUAACAGUUUCUUUAACUUUAAAACAAAAUUUCAAGUGCAUGAAGUGUAGGAACUUUGUUUUUUUCUUUUUCAUUUUGUUUAUCGCGAUACGUACAGUAUCGCUGCGUCUGUAUCACGAUAUGUAUUGUAUCGCGAAACUAGCGUAUCGUUACACCCCUUCUUUAUAUUUUAAAUGUUGUUGUUCCUGUGUAGUUUAACUACAUUAUGCAUAAAAUUUACGUAUAGGUUUUAUUCACUUGGGAAUAUCAUCCAUGUAGAUCUAUAGAUCAAACAAAAUCAUACCAUGAUUUUAAUUCUGUGCACUUAGCUAUAAUAUUACAGCAUGAAAACUAUUAUUUUUGUGUACAUUCUAAUCAUGUAUAUACUUUAUGCACAUGAAACUAUGUUAAUUGUAAACUUGCUUUAUAUUCUAAAAUAUAGUCUCAGACAUGAUUCUAUAUAUUGAGAGAGCAGAAAAUGUUAUUCAAGAUCAUUAACUCACCUGAGCCAAAGGCUCAUGGUGAGCUUUUGUGACCGCUCAAUGUCCGUUAGGCAAGUCAUUCUAUCAAAAAUAUAGGCCCUACCUUAAACAAAUUCCAACAAAAACUUUCCUCAUUUCCUUACCAUCUUUAGACAUUGUAGUACUGUAGAAAAAAGUCCUUAAAAAUUCAUGUUGGAAACUCAGAAAAUGCACCAUGUUUAAUGCUAUCCUUUAUUCCUUGAACAAUUCUCAUAAAUUCUCACUUGUACUGUCAAAAUAAUAAGCAUGCAAGAAAAAAUAAACAUUUUUGUGUAAUUUAUUAUUUUUAUAUAAUACUUAUGCUAUUCCUAUAUUUCUAUAACAUAUUUUCCAACAAGAAAUACAUUGUAUCUCCAGUAAAUCUGAUACCAGUGGGGUCAAAAUACCCCACCCACUUGCAUUUACACUGCAACUCAAAGAGCACUAAAUUAUUUGCCCAGUAAAACUAGCACAUCAGUUACAGUUUCAGGUUGCUGUAUAAAAGACUAAACAAAAGUAUGCAUGUGUACUUAAAUAAAUAACAAAUCACUAUUAGAUGAACCACAUCAUAGCAAAAGGGGCCAUAUGAUAUGAUGUUUCCUUAACAGUGGGAAGUGUUAAAAUAUUUAUUUUCGUAUUGUCUUCAUCAUGUUACAAACAGCAACUGGUGUUCAAAAAGCAAUUAUUGUAAUCAUAAAGGAAACCCCUUAGUAUUUUUGGUGUUCUUUACUAUGUGCUUUUAAAUGUAUUAUGUACAGUGUAUGAUUGUGACGAAAACACAAGAGCAGUCCAACAAUCUAACUUGCUUAGCCUGUAUUAUAGAAUAAUUAGAUAAAAUAUGUAUACAAUUUCUUAUUUGAACAUUCCAUUGUCAAAAAAUAUAUUAAUACAUACAUAUGUAUUAACUAUUAUGAAUUAUAUAAAUAUUACAAUGCAUUUAAAUAUACUGACGCUGCCUGUCAUAUCAGGACACACGUAGGAGUCCUAGUAUGUCGGAAUAUUAUCCAUAUUCAAUUUGUAUCUUAAUCUCAAAGUUAAAAUAUUCCUAGAUCUACAUUUAGUUCUCGUUUUCUUUUGAUUACAAUAGUUGCAAAGUAACGUUCACUUAAGUAAAUACAACUGUAUCAGCUAAUAAUUUUUAAACAGUUCAGCGUACUUAAACUACAUCUUCAUGCUCGAACUCUUCACUGUCAACCUUCAUACUGUUUGAACAACAGAUGCCUCUACAUCCUCCACAUCCUACAGAAUAGGAAAGUCCAUGUUUCCUACAAGAACAUCUUUUUGUAUCACAAUUGAUUUUACAAUUGCAUUUAAUGAUGUUAAGCAACCUUUCUGGUGCAGCGGACAAAUGUGUUUUAAAUGGAAUAAGUUUGUCACCAAGUGAACACUAGCCCCAUUUCAGAGGGUUUAUUGUAUUGCCAAUCCACGUUUGAACUUGAUGGUACACUCUAUACCUAUGAUACUUCGCGGCUGCUUCUGUCGGGGGCAAUGUCUGCACCUGAGCUACACAUGUGCUUGUAGAUGCUUAAGUAAUAAAUUUUCUGUACCUUAAAUGGUGUCUCAUUUGUCAAUGUUCAAAAAUACUAGCGUACAUAAUUUAUGUCUUAAUUAUGCAGAUGUUCAUAUUUUUGCCUCUUUUUACCAGUUGUUAAGACAUUUCAGGAGCAUUUUCUUUUUUUUUUCUAACUAAAAAUAUUUGCAAAAAGUCUCAUACUUAUAAACAAAAUGCACCCAACAUUCAAACCAUCUCAGUAACUUUGCAUUUUAGUGCUUUAAAUAUAAACAAUUUUUGCAUCCCUGGCCAGGUACAUAAUUACCUGUGAGAUUAGACUGUGCAAAUGCAAUCCGAACAGUAAUUAAGUCUAUGUACUAUAGAAUUCAACUAUCCGAAAAUCUCUGUGCCAUGAAUGUUUGUUAUUAAUAAUAAAUUCUGUUCUCCGGCGA